AUGUCACUCCUCAGACCAGAUCGUCUCCCAGAACGCCCCAAAUCCCCCCUCAUCCUCGCUCGUGAAGCAGCCGAGGGUAAAUCCAGAUACGGCAACGAUGGUAAGGUCCGCCUCAACAUUACCAGGCAGCAAGGGACCUCGCCCGACAGGCGCCUCAACGUACCCGUACCCCUACCAGGAACCAGAACCCCCGAGUCCUCCAUUUCCGGGAGGUCUACCCCUACGAACGCAUCCUCUCCCCGAUCAGCCACGCCAACACCCACGCCAACACCGACGCAAUCGCAACUGCAACCGCAACCACAACCCUUUCUUUCCUCAGGCCGAGGCACAAGACUCAACAUCGUCAUGCUCGCCGUAGGCUUUGCAGACGAUGUGCGCCACUUUACCGCCGUGGCUGUCUGGCUGCGCGACAAGUUUGGCCAUCGCAUCAGGGUAGCCACGCACCCGGACUACCAGGCGCAGGUUGAGGGUUGCCGGCUCGAGUACUUCAGCCUGAACGGCCGCUGCAAACAACACGGAGGACAAUACGGAGGAGGAUGUGGUGACUAUGAUGCUUUUGACGCUCAGGAAUGGAUCAAGUCUCGCGGGCCGGCCGAGAGAGAAAAGUGGAAGGAGUCGGUGUACGCGAUGCUGGAGGAUUCGUGGAGGGCGUGCGUUGCGCCGUUCAGUGAUGGGAGUCCGUUCAUUGCGGAUGCGAUUGUGGCUUGCCACAAGGAGUUUGCGCAUCUGCAUUGUGCGGAGAAGCUGGGUAUUCCUGUUCAUGUUCUUUCUCGUAUCAUAGAGAUUAUGCUUUGGUGCGAAACGGGUGAGACAAUCAACAAGUUCAGAACAGAGGUCCUAGAGCUUGAUCCGAUAGACUUUCUAACCGCUGUCGGCAUGCGACACCGGUGGAAAAUACCCACUACCUACUUUAGAUCCCGCACCCUGCGAGAGAAGCCUGACGACUGGGAGCAUCAUAUUUACUCCUUUGGCUCGAUCGAGGAGACAGCAGUUUCCGUACACAGGCGGCUGCUCGAAGACUGUCAGCCCUGUUCGCUUGUCAGCGGGGAGUUUGCGUCGUUGAUGGCAAGGACCAAGUACACUCCGGUUCCUCUGUCACCCAUCAGCGCAGUGGCCGUUGUUCUGGGAGGAGCCUCGGAGAUUGAGGAACUGCAACCAUGGCAGCUUUCGAAAUCUCGGCCAGACCUUAAUCCUGAUACCGUGUCAGGGGUCCAGAGGAAUAUCGUUCUUGGUCAUCUAAGCCAGAUUUCACCCAAUGUCAUCACCGAGAUCCUAGCCCGUGACUUUUCCCGAAUCCAUGGGCAUCCUCACGGCAACAGCUCAGGAAACAUCAAUGGCUGGCAAAGCGGGAUAAUUGCUGCUGGACGAAAACUGAGCCAGAACCUCUGGGACGGUCUCUCUGGUGUUUUCACCAGGCCCAUCGCAGGCGCGCGCGAGGAGGGGACGGUCGGGUUUCUCAAAGGGUUUGGUCAAGGCCUCGGCGAGCUGGUGAUGAAGCCAACCACCGGCGCUCUCGAAGCCCCUCGGUUCAUCUUUCUCGGUUUCUACCGAGAGCUGGAGAAGCUAGGCAAGGCGGAUAGCGAGGCUCAGAUUGUCAUGGGCCGCCUGGCCCAAGGAGAGGGAGAAUAUGUGAAACUGCAUAAGAGGGAGAGACAAAGGAUCGUGACGGCCUGGCGCGUGUGUGAAGGUAUGGCGAAGGGGGCGGCGGAAAAUGCAGCAAAGCGCGCCGAGACUAACAACCGGCUCCGUCUUUGGGGCUCCGCCCUCGCCCGGGCCCGCCACGGGACUGGAAUCAUACUGGAGCCGCUGGAGUUGCUGGAGACGUUGGAGCUCAUGGGGGCGGAGAUGGGAAUGGAUUCAAGUAUGGAUUGCCCGUGCAUUACUGCGGAGACGGGCCACCGCUUGGGGUAA